AUGAGCAGCAACCUAUUCACCGGUGAUCCCAACAAAGUCACCGUCAUCCGCCAACUCAACCCCGAUAUCACUACCUUCAGUGUACCAUUUGCUCGAUUUGGAGUGUUGAAGUUUGGGGGAAGAGGCACAUUAGUCAAACUGCCAUCCGGCUCUCUCCUCAUCUUCUCGCCCGUCACUCUCACCGCAGAAAUCCAAUCCGUCAUCGCCGCCACCGGCACCGGCCAAGUGGCCUACAUUGUCGCCCCCGACAUCGAGCACCAUAUCCACCUCUCCGCCUGGAAAGCCGCUUACCCGGAGGCCCUCAUCAUCGCGCCCGAGGGCCUCCACGAGAAGCGCCAGGCGCAGUCGCAGUCCGCGACAACAACGACAGACGCAAACCCCACCUUCGACAUAAUCUACACGCCCACCAACAAACACACCUUAACCAUCACGCCAGAGUUUCACGCAACGUUCGAGAUCGAAUACGUGCACAGCCACGGUAACCGCGAGAUCGUGCUCCUCCACAAGCCCACCCGGAUGCUGAUCCAGGCGGAUCUGCUGUUCAAUCUACCGGCAUGGGAGCAGUAUAGUCUGACGGACGAGGACGCCGGGGCUGGGUGGUGGAAUCGGACGGGGAUGGGGUGGAUGAAGACGGGCACCGCGGCGGAGAGGAAGGCGCAGGCUAGGUUCGUGUGGUAUGUGCUUGCGGCCAAGGAUCGGAAGGGCUUUGGGGAGAGUAUACGUCGGAUUGCUGGGUGGGGUGGUCUGGCGGGUGUUGUGCCUUGUCAUGGGGAUGUCAUUGAGGGUGAGGACCGGGCGAGGGAGGUGUUUGAGGGGGUGUUUGGGGAUUUUUUGAAGGAGUGA